UUUACAAACAAUCUAAACUAAGUUAGCAAUGUUAGCACGGUUGAUCGAUGUUCCAAAAUAAAAUCCAAAAUCAACAUUAAAUUGAUUAAUCCUCCUCAAGCAGUGAUGAUUUCAAAUAAUGCCUGUUACUGUUAGUCCUACUCAGUUUAUUGUUGAAUCAAACCCACAGAAGGUUAAAUUCCCAAGUGACAACUUAAAGCAAGAUCGAGAUCAUGAAUGUUAUACGAGCUACACUUAAUAAGAAAACCUACAAAAGUAGACCUAAGAGAUUAAAAAAUGCACCUAUGUUCCAAACAUUAAACAUUCCACCAAGGACGCCAAGAGACCAGACAUCUGGCAGUCUUCAGUCAAGCAAUGGUGCAUUCACUCUGAACAACAACCAAGGCCAAGUUCUUAGUACAGCUGAGAGAAACAGUGGUAGUUCUCGCUCUACAGAACAGGCCUUUCGGACCCCAUGUCUCUCUGCUAUGUUCAAGAAUAGAUCAGUCAAUAGCAAUAACCCUGAGAUUACAAAUGAGCUCGUGGCAGAAUGUUUAAAUAUCUCAGACAAGCCUCUCAAUGGCAGUUCAAACAGUAAAAUAUCUGAUCGACAAAAAGAACUUUUGCAAAGUGUUCCUCCUCCUUGUCCAGGAAGUGGUAGGAAACCUAGAUCAUCAACAAGCAGUGGUGCUAGACCACGGUCCACUCCCACUCCUUCCCACACUGGCACUCCUAGAACACCUCGGACACCAAAAACAUUGUCAAGUUUGGAGAGUGCCCAAAACAUGAUUAUUGCAAUAACUGAAGGACGAGGAUUAGCUAGAGGAGAAGUGGGUAUUGCAGCAUUGGAUAUUCACAGUCCCUAUCUCAUAAUGAGUCAAAUAAGUGAUUGCCAGACAUACACCAACACCAUGUCCAAAAUAAAUGUAUUACAUCCAACUGAGAUUCUAGUUCCAAAUACAUUCAUCGAUACUCAGGAGAAGAACAAGUUGUUCACACUGAUUCAUGAAACAUUUCCUCAAGUGUUAAUAACAACAGUUCAACGCCGGCACUUCAGUGACAACAUAGGACUGCAGCUAGUCCAGUCUCUGUGCCUCACUGAGUAUGCGAAUGUAGAAAUGGUGGUCCGUCAAAAAUUCUAUGCACUGUCUGCCACUUCUGCACUUUUGAAAUAUAUAGAGUUUCAGAAAAACAAGAUAUUUAUGCCCAAAUCCCUUAGAAUAGAAUACCAUUCUCCUGAAAAUGUCAUGUCUAUUGACAUGAAAACUGCUCAAAAACUAGAGUUGGUGCUGUCUUUGAACGGGAGAGGCUCUAAAGGCAGUCUGCUUGGAGUUCUGGACCACUGCAGCACGUGGGGAGGCAAGAGAUCUCUCAGGGCAAAUAUUCUGCAACCUCCGACCACUCUGGAGCUCAUCAACUCUCGUCUGCUGUCCGUAACUGAACUUGCACAGAACCCGACCCUGCUUUAUUCAUUGCAGUCUGUAGUGUCAAAGUUCCAUGAUGUGGAGCAACUACUGUGGCUGAGUGUCCAAGUGCCAAACUUCAAAGAUGAACAGAAAGCUUCUGAGUUACAAACUAACUUUGUUCUGCUGCUAAAAACCACCCUGGACACUUUACCUGUACUGAAAGAAAGUCUUCAGCCAGCUCAGACACCGUACUUCAAAAAAGUGUUGAAGGAUCUUGACCAUGAAAAAUUUGGAAUAAUUUCAAAUACAAUCAUGGAAGUUGUAAAUGAAGACGCCAAAACCAAGAAAGGUUAUUCUGCCUCCACAUUUCAGCGGUGCUUUGCUAUAAAAACUGGCAUUAAUGGCCUCUUAGAUGUAGCCAGGGCCUCAUACUCAGAUAUAGUGGCCAAAGUUCAUGCCAGAGUUGGAGAAAUGGGAGAAGAAUUUGGCUUGCCAUUGAGAACCUGCUCAACAAGCAGCAAGGGUUUCCACAUUCAACUGAGUAUAAAACGAAAUGAGAAAUUUUCUGCUAAGGAUCUUCCAUCAGUUUUUAUACAGGUUGCCAGGAACAGGAACCUCAUCACAAUGACUACAGAGGAGCUUGUGGUUUUGAACCACCGAAUCAAACAGAUCCUUCUUGAGAUCCAGAUGAUGAGCAAUGUAAUCAUGCAAGAACUACUACGAAAGCUGCGGAUGCAUAUAAGCUGUUUGUACCAUUUAUGUGAGAUAAUUUCUGAGCUUGAUCUACUCAUCUCGUUCUCUCAAGUCAGUUCAGCUGAUCAUUUUGCUCCUCCCAACUUUGGAAAUGAAAUGGAUGUGAAAAGUUCUAGACAUCCGAUAUUGGAUGCGAUUAGUGCAUCAACUCCUGUUGCUAACAAUGUGUUUGCCAGCUCAGAGAAGAACUUCCACAUCAUCACAGGCCCCAACAUGGGAGGUAAAAGCAUCUACAUCAAGCAAGUGGCACUGUUGCAAGUCAUGGCCCAGAUUGGAUGUUUUGUCCCUGCCGAGUCAGCGAAGUUUAGGAUCACCAAACAAAUACUCUCCCGUAUGGGGUUUGAUGACAGCAUAGAAUAUAAUGCUUCCAGUUUUGUUAUGGAGAUGAAAGAGAUGCAGUACAUCCUGAGAUCUGCCAGGUCAGAGUGUCUGAUAGUUAUUGACGAGCUGUGUCGCAGCACUGAUAGUGAGGAGGGCACAGCAGUAGCAUGGGUGUUGUGUGAACAACUUCUACAGUCUAAAGCCUUUGUGUUCUUCACUACACAUUACCACACACUCAGCAAGCUUCAGACUCUAUAUCCAAAUGUAUCCAAUCAUCAGAUGGUAGCAGAGGACGGAGCACACGGCAGAUUGGUAUACACACACAAGUUGAUGCCAGGAGUCACCAAGGUAGCGAUGUAUGGCUUGAAGCUUGCUCAGCUCUCAGCUCUUCCUACCUUAGUGUUGCGGAGGGCCCAGGAGUUGUAUGACAGUCUGACUAAGAAUAAACUGGAGACACCAGUUCACGAUGAAAAGAAAACUGACGCUGAGGAAGAUCAGGAAUAUAUUAAAGAGUUACUCUACCUCUUAGAAGAUAAGAGAUUUAUUUUGGCAGAUGUAUCAAAAAUUCAGAUGAAGCUAAGAAAAAGAUAUGGUCUAGAUGUUGGUGAUAGACAUGCAAGUGAUGUAAGUGAGAUUUCAGAAGGUAGCACUGGGUCAAAUAUCAACCAUGAACAUGUACAUGAUGACCCAAGAUCACCAGAACUGCUUACCAAUCUUUAUCAAUCUGAUCAAGAUGAUGCACUUUCUGUUAGGUCAAACCAAAGUAAGGUUACACAAGGAAUAUCACCAACCCCUUGUAAGACAUCAGCAUUGGUUAGAUCAGGUAGUGAACACUCGCCACUUCAUGUGUCCCCUAAUAUUCAGGAUAUAGGUGCAAAUGUUCGUAAUUCAUCUCAAUCCCGACCUGAAAACAGAUUUCCCCUUUCCAACGUAAGCCCAAGUUCACAAUUCUCUAACCCUAAGAAUCCUAAUGAACACAUGUUUCAUGCUUUCAAAGUGCCUUUAGACCUUAAAUCUCAACGUAUUAGUUAUUCUUCAAAAUCUGGUGAAAACGUUAGAAUAAACUCUAGAAAUUCAUCUAAAGCAUCAUCCAUGGAAUCAAUCAGAAAUGAUAAUCGAGAAGAAAACUCACCAAUCAAUAGCUGGCAAUUUGGACAUCAAACUCCAGGCUCAGUAGAAACCCCUCUUACAAGUCUUCAUCACAAGUUUGAAUCAGAAAUUCAACAGACCAAUAAUGAAGAUGUGUCUUUAUUAAACUAUAGGAUAAAAUCACCAAUCAUUACACAUACCCUGCUAAAUUCACCUACGACUACUGAACAAUCUAUAAUUAACCUCAAGAGUCCUUGUGAGCAUCACACUCAGUCAGGUUUCAGGUCUCCUGGUCCUACAAUCCAGCAAACAUCACUUUUCUCUUCUAGGAGAUCUUUUGAUUGUCAUGAUGAUUCUAAAAAUCUCCCUCCAGUGUUUGACAAGAGCAGUAAAUUUAGAAACAGUGGAGGUGAGUCAAAUCAUGAGAGAAACAUCUGGCUUCAAGAAAGUCUAACUGAAUCAUUAGAACACAGAGUCCACUUUAUGGCAGAAGAUUUUGUUCCUUCACCAAGACCAACUCCAUUCUCUCAAACCUCUAGCAAUAUUGAACCACUAUCAGGUAGAGCACCUAAUAACAGUCCUUUUUCAUCAAGAUCAAACACCCCAAUGGUUUUAAACUUGUUUCCAAGCUUUGAAGAUGUCCCAAGAAACCUCAUCGAUAGCGAUUCAGACCAAUGUGAGGAUAGAAAACUAGAAGAAUAGGAAUAGUUAAGAUAAAAUUUGCUCGUGUGGUUAGUAUCAGUCGUAGUUUUAGAGUAAUUCACUCAAAAUGUUUCAAUUCAUUAUACAACUACAGUAUUAGUGAGUAUUAAAAUUGAGUUAAGAUUUUAGUUUCAAAUUUAGAGAUAUUUUUUAAGGAUGUUAACUUAUAACCCCAUGCAUAUAAUUCUAACUGUUAAUAGUGUUAAUUAUUCGUGUAAAUUAAUGUAACUAUUUUAAUAUUAAAGUCCUUUGUUACGAUAGGGUGAUAAAUAAGGGAAAAUACAAUAAUAAUUGUAGACAGAUGGUACAAAACAGAACACUAUUUUAAGGUUUCAAUUCAAAAUGUCCUUAAUAUUAUUUCAAUAUAAAAUAAUUGUUAGAUUUAACCUUUAACUAGACUAAUUUAUCACCAUGCACCGGUGACAAUACUGACUAUCUAAUACCUGUACUUAAACCAAAAACCUCAGAGAAGGAAAUACCAAGGAAGGUGGAUGUUGAAUAGGACCUCCUACGCAUAUGUUUCAGUUUGCAAAUUUGAGACAUUAAAUUGUUCUGAUGAAUUUAAUUGAAGAGUUUGCUUUAUAUUAUAUUUAGAUCUCAACACACAAUUGAGAAUUAAAU